AUGGCCCCGAAAGCAGUCCACUUUGGCGGAGGCAACAUUGGCCGUGGCUUUGUGGCCGAGAAGCUUUGCUUGUCGGGCUAUGAAGUCGUGUUCCUGGAUGUCGUAGACAAGCUCAUCGAGCAGCUUCAAAACACACCAACCUUCACCGUGACAACGAUAGGCACAGAAGGCGAGAAAGCAGAGACGAUCAAGAACUACCGGGCUCUCAACACCAAGACUCAUGAGAAAGAAGCAAUCGAUGAGAUCGCUACAGCAGAUCUUGUCACCUGCGCCGUUGGCCCGAAUAUCCUAAAAUUCAUUGCUCCGGUCAUUGGCAAGGCCAUAGACAAGCGCACAGAUAAGACGCCACUGGCUGUCAUCGCCUGUGAGAACAUGCUUGGUGCAACAGACACCCUCGCAGGCUUCAUCAAGGACAGCAAGAAUACUCCACAAGAUCGCCUAUCGUCUAUCAGUGAUCGGGCUCGAUUUGCAAACUCAGCCAUCGACCGCAUAGUGCCAGGCCAGGACCCGAAUGCGGGCUUGAACGUUAGAAUUGAGAGCUUCUACGAAUGGGUGGUAGACCAGUCCCCAUUUGCUCCUCAUAGCCCACCUAAGGUGGACGCAAUCCAUUACGUUGAUGACCUGGUUCCGUACAUUGAGCGGAAGCUAUUCACCGUCAACACGGGUCACGCUACUGCAGCCUAUUACGGGAAGGCGUUGGGCAAGAAAACCAUUGCUGAAGCGCUUGACGACAAGAAGAUCAAUGAUGCGGUGCGCGAUGUCCUAAGUGAGACAAGCCAUUUGAUUGUCUCCAAGCACUCCAUCCCUACGCAAGAACAGAAAGAUUACGUAGAGAAGAUUGUGAAACGGAUCUCAAAUCCUCUGCUGGAGGACUAUGUCGAGCGCGUUGGUCGUGCGCCGCUGAGGAAGCUCGGGCGACAGGAACGCUUCAUUGGGCCUGCCCAGCCCUUAGCAGAGCAGGGAGCUAAGAUUAGUGGUCUUCUGGGCGCAAUCGAGCAGACUUUCGCCUUCGUGGAUGUGGAAGGCGACGACGAGAGUUUCGAGCUUGGCAAGAAGCUCAAGAGUCAAGAUGCUGCGACGGUGGUCAAAGAGGUCACUGGGCUCAGCUCAUCCGACAAGCUCUAUGGCGACGUUGUGAAGAUUGUGGAGAAGGUGCAGAAAAAGUGA